AUGGCUGGCGGGAUUUUGCUCGGCGAGCAAGAACCCAAACCAACCACACGGUCUUUCCUAGACCACGGCAAAUUGAUCUCUCUCAUCUCUCAUGCUCGAAGUAUUCGCAUUUUCCUCCUCCCAAGCUUCAUAAGCCAAGGCUCAGUCCCCAAAGAGAGCGCUCAGGCGCGAUCAUCCGCCUCUCCAACACUUUAUCUCGAUGGAUUGCGUGGACUCUUCUCUUUUCUCGUCUUCCUUCGCCACUUUCUCUUGCCCUGGGAAGAAGGUCUUGACACUGGUUUUGGCCAAACCAACAAUAUGUCUUUCAUCAAGCUCCCCAUAAUCCGACUUAUCUAUGGUGGGCCUACUGUGCCCAUCUUCUUCAUUGUCUCGGGGUUUUUUCUUGCGUACAAACCACUGAAACUCAUCCACAAGAAAGAUUACAACACUCUUGGGUUGUACACCAUGUCAUCAGUGCUGCGUCGCCCAUUUCGACUGUUUCUACCUCCACUGGUAUCAACAUUCAUCGUCGCCCUUGCAGUGAGUGCGGGACUUUACACGGCUCCGUAUCAAGAUAUGCCGGGUUGGGUGCCCAGGCAUCCAGAGCAACUCGGAUCAUUGUGGGCGCAGAUAUGGGACUGGAUGCGUUUCUUGGUCGUUGAUUUGACGCACCCUUGGAGCUGGAAGUCACCAGUAUCUGAGUAUGACAGUCAUCUAUGGACAGUCCCAAUCCAGUUUCGCGCCUCCAUGAUUAUUUAUCUCACACUUCUUGCUUUGGCGAGAGCCCGUGUCUGGGUUCGUGGUACGACACUGGUCUGUCUAUGUCUCUACUCACUUCAGCAGGGAAGAUGGGAGAUAUACCUGUUCUUCGCUGGGGUCUUUCUCGCUGAGAGAAGUCUCGAGAGUCGUAAUGAUUUCGAGGCUCAGCUCACCGAUGGCGGUGAAUCUGCCACGAUUCGACUUCCACUACGGUCCCCAGUUCGGCCAGGAAUCCUCCAGAAAUUUGUAUUUCUGGUUGGACUAUACUUGAGCUCAUACCCUCGAGCGAGAGACGCAGGUUUUUCUAUGCCUGGUUACGUAUUUCUUUCAACACUGACAAAUCGAUACAUCUAUUGGCAAUCCUAUGGUGCAACUCUAAUCUGCUGGUCUUCAAGUAGGGAUAGACUACUCCAAAAGCCUUUCACGUCACGUCCCCUUCGUUACUUGGCAAAGAUAUCAUUUACAUUGUAUCUUGUUCAUGGCCCAGUUUUGCAUCUUUUCGGAUAUUCAAUGGUACCUGCAUUCCAGGGCUUCACAGGUAGCUCCACUGAGUGGCAGUACCAGCUCGGAGUGCUGCUAGCUCUAGCAGUAUUGGCUCCUAUGGUUGUAUGGAUUGCAGAUGUAUUUUGGAGAGCGGUGGAUAAGCCUUGUUCUGUCUUGGUCGUUCGCACCAUAGAGCCAUUCUUUGCUGACUAG